CCUCCCCCUUCUCCAACAACUUCUCCUUCCCUCCCUUCUUGCCUCUCCCUCUCUCUCUAUCGAGUUCACCCCCAACUUGCUUUAUACACUCAGAGAAACCGGAGAUACAUGAACAAGGAGGCACAACAGGCAGCUUGACAACUUGUUUUUUUUCCUCCUUUUUUACUGUGCUGCACUCUCGCAGUUGUGGAAUAGUUUAUGAGGAAACAACGUGGCUUUUGUCAGCUUUCCAUCAGGACUGUCAUGUGGACAUACUUGAACAGAUGACAGCCUCUCUGUUGCUACACUAAACAUGGCAAGACUCUCAGCGCAGAUCUCAGGGAGCUUCUCUGGAGAGGAUUAUGAUAAAAGUCGGUGCCUGACAGACGAGAAACUGCAGUGAAGAUGAACCCAGAAUCUCUGGAUUCAUCCAUCCAGAGUGCCCUCUCGGCCCUCUACCCCCCUUUUGAAGCCACAGCGCCCAUCGUCCUCUGCCAGCUCUUCCGCACUAUCGAGGAGCGUUACCAUGGCGACGCCUUGCAGUGCCUGCUGGAUUUUCUCAUCCCCUCCAAACACUUGUUGGAAAGUGUACAGCAGGCAGCAUGUGCUGGAUACUCUGAUGUGGUUUUCCGCUGUGAGGGCUGGCCUCUCUGUCUCCAUGACAAAACUGUCGUCCAGUUAGCACCUGUGAAUCCUUUGCUGCUGCGUCCUGGGGACUUCUAUUUUCAAGUGGAACCUUUUGGCGAUCAAGCAGCUCGUAUUGUCCUCAAAAGUCUCCUGGAAGAAGGAUGUCGGGAAGUGGAGGAGACCCCAAUUCCUGAGACGUCCUACCCUUGCAUCUUCACUGAAGACUGGCUGCAGGACAUCAAUGAAGGACGCCACGGGACUCCUCUGUCUCGCUGCUUACUUUGCACUGACCAAGGAGUAAUCAAGCUGCCGUGGGAAGAAGUAGCCAUCCCAGAGUUUUUAGACAAGCCAAAGGUUAUGACCACUUAUCGGGAAGCUCCCACUGAGCCAAAGGUCAUGUCAGUUCCCUGCAGUUAUGGAGCAUCUACUCUGCCGUUGGAGGAGAGGAUUAUUCCUUUAAAGGGCAGGAUGUCAGCAUCUUUGAGGCCUGUGGACUGUUCUUCUAAAGUUGUCAGAUUACAUCAUAAACGAAUGCCCAAAUCCUUUCCCAAACCUUUAGUCAAACCUGUGGGGUGGGUGUCACCUAAUACCUGGGACAGCCGGAACUAUCCAGAGAGUGAAGGUGAUUAUGUUGACUUGGUGGAUGUUGCUAAGGAAAAGCAGUUUGUAGCGAAGCAUGGAAACCAUCCAAAUCUACCAAAUUCUGUUUUGAUCAAACCGGUCAGAGCACCACCAUCAGCUCUUCUUGGGAGUAGCCUUUUCUGUGGGCACACCCUUCAGUAUGCAGAGGAGCCUUGUACACCAUGCAGCCAAAGAAAUCUGGGGGAUGAUCCCUCGGAGCACGACGUCAAGUGCCGGUAUAGAGACUCUUACCUGGCAGCACUGAGUAACCCUGUUACUUUUGAGAAAGGGAAUGUUGACCUCCUUGCAGCACUGGAGGAGGACAGCCUUUGUGAAGAUUUAGACUUAAGAUCCGAGGCUACAUUUGAAGACCAAAACAAUGUACUUGGACAGUUUAGUAACCACUGUAAAACACCCAUGUCAGGCCAAUACAGACACUUCUGUGAGCCAGCAACAGAAUUCAUUGGCUCCCAUCACAAAAAUCUUCCCACAACCUCUGAAGCAGAGGACAUGGUGAAAGACUCUCCCAUUAUUCUGAAAUCAAGCCCUGGCUUAAAUAACUGUCAUAAAGUUCACACCGAACAUAUCUCUCAGGAAACACAGCUCCCUGAGUUACCUCUGGAUAACUGUGAUCAUCAGGACAAUGAGCCACACCAGAAGGUGGAUGUUGUGAAACCCCCGGGAAAACACAAAUCUAGGUCUCUGUCUGCUGUGUCUGACACUCCACAAGGGAGUCCACUUUUCUAUAAACACAAGAACAGGAGCCACAGUGAUAUUUGUUCAGAAACCGUUAACAGCAUGAUGCAGUGCAACAAAGGCGAACUGUUGGAUCUGGUGACUCCAAAGACGAAAUCGUCUAUAAAAGAUUCCCAGUCAAGCGGAAGUGAAACUCCCUCCACUUCAGAUGGACCGUAUGUGAGACCUCAGAACCUAAAGACCCAAGAUAUGUCAUCUUCUCAACUUCUAUCUGUCAGUUCUAACUCAACUCCUCAAAGUCUGGGGUCCAGUGUCCAAAGCGUCAGUGGUUUGCUUGAGCUGGGUAUUAUUUGUUUGCCAGGCAGUCGGGACAAGACUGGCAGGGCAGUAGUGGAGCUUUACUGUGACAAGGAGUGGACCUCAACUCAACUAUCAGCACAGAAUCUCUGCAGGUUACUGCUUUAUCUCCACUCCAUCCCCAGGAAAGAUGUGCGAGAACUUGGACUGACUUUGGUCAUUGAUGCCAGGAAGAAGACUCCCCCGCCUGACCUCUACAAGGCUCUCCUCAUGGCUCAGGAGCAAGCUCUCCACGCUGUCCACAGCAUCUUGAUGCUGGUGGACAAAGACACAUCUCCACGUCCAGAAAAGCAGCCCGGUCUCCAGAUGGACCUGGUGACGUCGAUGAAAGCCCUCUACAAAACAGUGGAAGCUUGCCAGUUGACCCCUUACCUGGGAGGAACCUUCACCUACAGCCAUACGGAUUGGCUGCAGUUCCAUCAAAGACUGAUGUCUUUCAUAACUGACCUACAAGAGGCUGACAGUUUGUUGCAAAGAGCCAUUUCUAAAGUGAAUGAGAGCAACAUCCUGGACACUGCCCAGGAAGUGCGGCGAUGCAUUCAGGAGCAGGGAGAUUUGAUGAGGGAGGUGCUGAAGGACACAGGAUUGGUCACGCUGCAGAGAGAAGGAGGGGCGGUACUUGCCAGGCUGAGAAGGGAAGAGUUCAGAUUUCCACAGUCUGAGGACUACAGAUAUGCUCUGGAGUCAGUGACACUUCUGUACAACCAAGUGGAGGAGAAGCUCCACAUGUUGGUGAUGAGAUCAAAUGAGUCACUUCAGCAGUUGGAGUUUCUUUUCGUUGUCAGAGAGAUGGAGGAGAAAAUCAAAGAGGCUGCUAUGUGGUUCAACGAAGAAGGUGAACAUGGGCUGAAGGUCUUUGUCAAGAAGGAUAACUUAGACACGGAGAACAUCUUGCCGCAGUUUGACACGUUCUUCAUUCAAGCAAAGGACAAGCAACAGUAUGCAUUGACUCUCGUGACUGAAGCAGAAAAAAUUGUGAGCACCGGUGUCUGUAGUCCUGUGACAGACGUCUUUCGGACUCUCAUCGAUAGUUUCAAGUGCAAUAUGGAUGACUUUAUGUCACGGGUGGUGCAGACGCACAAAGAACUGGACACACUUGUGCAAGUGUACCGUUUCUGUGAUGAGGCAUCUGCCUUGGCCAAGGAAUGCAGUCAGUUUUUGGAACAGGUCGAGCAGGGGUGUUACUUGGCUCAGGCCAGUCUCAGCACACUUCAGAUGUAUGAAGAGAGAUUAGGUGAUGAAUUCUCCACCCUGCAUUUCCAGGCCUUGAAAUCUAAGGCCUGUUCUUUAAGAUCGGGGGCUUCGGGAGCGAUGAGUGUGUGGAAUGCAGCUUGGGUCCGGUGCCAAGAAGUCAGGCAGCGUCUUGAGAAGAUGCAGAAGAAGAAGAAGACAUGCAGAGAUAAGAAGCAGAACCAACAGACUGCAGCCAUGUGCACUCAUGGGGAGGCUGGAGUAAUGGAGAAAAAGACUCUGACCCAACAACCAACCUCUCAGAAGGAUGUAGUUGAUAUCACUGAAACCGACAAUGCUGCAGCUGUAUGGUUUAAAAACAAUUUGAAAGUGUCCUUGAAAGGGAAUGAAAAAAGAGGACCUCACGCGCUGAAGUUGCUACCACUAAGAAAUGAAGACUCGCAUAUUAGUCCCCAUAAUGGCAAGUGCCAACUAGACAAUAAAUGGGGAAAAAGAGGACAUCAGAGCGAGAUGGAUCUGAGGAGCACAGUCUCAGUUCAAGGGGACGAUGACAUCCCAAUGUGCCAGAGCUUGGGUCGGUCCCUGAGUGAGGGAUCAUGUGUGCGCACUCAUAUGCCAUUUGCCGUUGGCUUUUCACCUUUAAAUGGAAGACAACCACUCUGUCAGAGCAACAAGCAAGCACUGGAACUACAUUUGGAGACUCUUCAACAUCUGCCCACUCCCCUCACUGAGAGCAUGUCGAAGAGUAAUGGUAAUAAUGAGGAAUGUCCCACCAAAGAACACGCAGCCUCUACCCAAAGCCCUGAAGAUUUAAAGGAGACGUUACUCAUCUCAACUGAACACAAUGGCAGCAAUGUUUUGAAGCUACGUAAGAUUAUGGAGGAGCUGCUGUCCACAGAGAGGGAAUACGUAAAGGCUCUCGGCUACGUUCGAGAGCACUACUUCCCCGAAUUGGAGAGGUGCGAUGUCCCACAGGACCUCAGGGGCCAGAAGGGGAGCAUCUUUGGGAACUUGGAAAAACUGCACGACUUUCACCACCAUCAUUUCUUGAGCGAGCUAGAGAACUGUUUGAACGAACCCUUCAGGGUGGGACGCUGCUUCCUACGACAUAGAGAAAAUUUUGCUUUGUAUGCCCUUUACAGCAAGAACAAACCACAGUCUGAUAGUCUUCUCAUCAAUCAUGGAAAGGCCUUCUUCAAGCAAAAGCAGCUCAAUCUCAGGGACAAAAUGGACCUGUGGUCUUACUUACUAAAACCAGUCCAGCGGAUCAGUAAGUACAGCCUGCUGCUGCAAGACAUGAUGAGGGAGUGCAGUCCAGUACAAGUCAGAGAGCUGGCCGAACUCAAGGCUGCCUUGGAGGUAGUUCACUUCCAGCUUCGUCAUGGCAACAAUCUGCUGGCCAUGGAUGCUGUUCAUCAAUGUGAUGUUAAUCUCAAAGAGCAAGGGCAGCUCAUACGCCAAGACGAGUUCUCAGUAACAUUCCGAAAGAAAAAAUGUUCCCGUCAUAUUUUCCUCUUUCAAGAACUCAUCCUCUUCAGCAAGACCAGGAAGACGGAUGUCGGGAAUGAUACAUACAUCUACAAACAGUCAUUCAAGACGUCAGAUGUUGGCAUGACCCAGAACACUGGGGACACUGGUCUCUGUUUUGAGAUUUGGUUCCGAAAAAGAAAAACAGAAGACACAUACACACUGCAAGCAGUUAGUCGGGAGGUGAAGGAGGCUUGGACCAAGGACCUGGAACGGAUUCUCUGGGAUCAGGCACUACACAACCGGGAGGUCCGUAUGCAGGAGAGAGUGUUUAUGGGAAUUGGAAAUAAGCCCUUCAAGGACAUCCAGCCCAGUGAUGCAGCAAUUAGUGAUAGAGCCGUCGACUGUGGCCUCAUAGGAAGAGAAAACAAAGUGUUGUCCUAUGUGGAACGAUAUGGACAACACAAUGGCCUUCCUGGGGCACGACCAAAAUCUGCUGGUUCAGGGAGUAUUUCAUCCUCCUCAUCGUCCUCUGGAAGAGGUUCCCUGUCCCCUACGACAUACCUUUGUGUGCCAAAGCGGAGGGGUCUUGCAAAUAGCUUCGAGGGAUACGUUUCGCCACCAGGGGUUCUAGCGGAAGACGAUGUGGAUCAUGAGAGUGCGAGUCACAACUUAUUGUUGGACAGCUCUGAGUCAUCAGGUGAAAGUGUCAGCGGCCUUAGCAGUUCUGCUCACAGCUACCGCUCAGUUCAUGAGAAGGAGUCUGAAGAAAUGUCUUCAGUUUGCACUACCAUGAAUGUGAGGGAGGCAGGUGGGGCCCAUCGAACAGGACUGUGCGCAUCCCCUGCGAAAAAACAACCAACAGUUGCAGCUCAGGUCAAACCGCACAACAAGGCUGAGGACCUGCUCUGUGGCAAUGUAGGUUAUAACGUAAAUGUUGCAAAGUCCACUGAGGUUUGAACAAUCCCAUAAGACUGACAGGACCCAAAAGAAGUUUGAAUCUAUUUGGUAGCAGCGAACACUGCAAGCAAUUCCACUUUGUAGAUAUUGUAUAUGUCUCUUUUAAUCUCACCUUUAUCAGUAGUGUAGUUUACACUAAAUGUCUCAUCAUUGACAAGAUAUGGAAUGCACUCCUUACACAGCGUUGUAUAAAUACAGUAAAUGUUAACACGUUUGCAGAAUCUUUGCAAUAUUUAUGUUCUUGUGUUUGCUCUGUAUCAGUAGUUGUUAACUAAACACCAAUUGAAGAAUACAGUUCAAUAAUAAUAAUUCAGACCCUUGUCACAAGCUACAUUUAUAGGUACUACUAUUACAAAGACAUAUUGUUUUUUUUGCUAAAUCUAUUCACAUGUACAGAUGUAUAUCCAGCCUACAUAUGUCUUUACCACACUAAUAUGUUACUGAUUUGAGAAGUAUUGCUUUCUAUUUGACACAUUGUUUGCAAUGAUGAUGUUUACUUUAACCUGUAUUUUUAUUCACAUGUCAAAUGUUUUUAGAAUAAAUCAAACUUACAAAUGAACAUAAUGCGAAUAUUAUUUGUAAUGUUUAUAUCAAAGUUGAUGUUGUAUCUUUAAUGUAAAAUAGCAUGCUUAUUUCAGGGAUUUUGGGCAUUGACAUACUGUUUGUGGGCAUACCUUGAGGUCAAGGUAAAAAAAAUUAUGUGUUUUAGUUCUUGUGAAAGAUAUAUACGGUAGAUUAUAUCUACAAAAAACAUAUAUUACCUAAGUAAUAUAUUACCUAUAUAAAUAAGUUUUAUUAUUAUUAUUAUUAUUAUUCAUCCAUUUAUUUUUACUGUAAGAAAAACUAAUGCCCUAUUUUGAACUAAUUAGUAAACAAACAUUCAGCAUAACCACAAUCAAAAUAAAUCAUGUGGACAUACUCCCAGUAGUUUGUUUUUUUGACACU